UUGGGGGGCGUGGUUAAUGGCAAUUGACGUUUGAGAGAGGAAGUGUUGUUCUAGUGUUCGAUCUACAGGAGUUGCGAAAAGAGUGUUUCCCUUCAGUCAACAUACCACAUCCAGGUAGUUAUUUUUCAGUUGAUUUUUUUGAAGGAAAAAAGAAGACAAACAAAUUAAUACCAUGGUCACAGAAGGGGAGCCUACAGAUUUGGUGAAAGUGCUGCACCUGCUGGUGCUGUCCUUCGCAUGGGGAAUGCAGUUGUGGGUCUCCUUUAUAGCAGGUUUUACACUGGUGAAGCAGGUAACACUGCACACCUUUGGGCUGGUGCGAAGCAAGCUGUUCCCUGUCUAUUUCUAUUGCUUACUGGGCAGCAACUUUGUCAGCCUGGCUGUGUAUGCAGUCUACCACCCCAGAGAGCUGCUGGAUUGGCACGAAAGCCUGCAGAUGGCUCUGUACUUUGUGGCAGUCAUCAUGGCAGGUCUAAACGCACAGUGGUUUGGCCCGUCUGCCACAGAGGUCAUGUUCAAGCUGCGGGAGGUGGAGCAGGAGCAUGGCCUGGGGAACCAAAUAGGGAUAGGGAGCCAGAGGGAAGCCUACACCAAACUCAGGGAGCAGGAUCCCAAGUACAAGGCCUACAAGAGCACCUUUGGCCACUAUCAUGGCCUGUCCAUCCUAUGCAACCUGAUUGGCUUUAUCUGCACAACCACCAACAUAGUGUACACAGCUCUCAAUUUACACACCAUUUAGAGAUUGUGU